AUGAAAGCAACAAAAGUGAAGUUUGUAACAAAUACGAAGCAGAAGACAAAUAUUGAUCAGACGCUAGCUAAGAUCUUCCAGAAUAUGGAAAAGCGCAGGCUUACUCUCAAGGGCUUUCUAAAAGCAUGCUUCGAGUCGAACGACUCAGACUUGGAGGAAGAGGAAACUAGAUGGGGAACCAGGCUCAGAUUAUAUCACCUGAAAGCCCUUCAAAAUGCCUAUCAGUGGCCAAAAUCCAAACCUCCAUCUCUUGUAUCCGGCGAGUUAUUCCAAUACAACCAUUUUUUUUUUUUUUUUAGCAACGCUGUGUUAAUUCCGACACUAUGCAUGUUGAAGUGCUUCCUUGUCCAUAAUGCUGCACUUCACUUGGUCCACAAUUUGAUCGCGCAUUAG